AUGGAAGGGGAGUAUAUCGCACUGGGUAUCGGCUGCCAGGGAAAACACCGCUCCGCCAGGCAGCUCUCCGGAAGUCAGGUGCUCCUGUUGCUCCUCCUCAGUGGCAGUCUGCUGAUCGUCUUUUAUGCCUACUGGGAUGUGAUGAUGCUCACCGCAGGAGCUGUGCCACUGACCAAACACGCAGAUUCCCGCCGUUUCUCGGAGGCUCUGGGUAACGAAACGUUGGCGGAGAAGCUCCACCGGGAAGUAAGAGUCCUGUGCUGGGUUCUGACAACACCAAAGUACCACAAAACGAGGGCCAUUCACGUUUUGCGGACUUGGGGAAAACGAUGCAACAAGAUCUACUUCAUGACCUCCGAACCGGACGACGAGCUGCCCACGGUGGUCCUCACCAAACCGGACAAGUACGAGGUGCUCUGGGGCAAGACCAAGGAGGCGUUCACCACCAUUUACGAGCGGAUGCUCGACGAGGCCGAUUGGUUCCUCAAGGCAGACGACGACACAUUCGUGUUUCUGGAGAACUUGCGAUACAUGCUCUAUCCGUACUCCCCAAACACUUCGAUUUAUUUCGGAUUCAACUACAAGAUGGUUGGCAACCAUCAGAAGAACGAGUCUUAUAUGUCAGGGGGAAGUGGCUACGUGCUGAGUCGCGAGGCUCUAAGGACCUUCGUCGAGGGCCUGAAUAAUAGUGCCAAGUGCCGCCAGGAGGACGAUCACCCCGAGGAUAUGGAGAUGGGCAGGUGCCUGUUCAAUUUGGGGGUCAAGGCGGGGGACUCUCGCGACGAGGAGCUGCGCAACCGCUUCUAUCCAGUGGCUCCUUUCGGGGCUCUGCUCUCGGGGAAUGUAGCCAUGGACUUCUGGCUGUACAGAUACGCCUUUUACAAUCCCAGAUCCUGCAUGGACUGCCUGUCGGAGUACCCGGUGGCCUUCCACUACGUGAACAGCAAGCAGCUGUACGUGUACGAGUACUUCAACUACCAGCUCCAGUUGGCCGGACGGGAGCAGGUGGUGGAGCGGCUGCCCGGGAGGAUCAGGGAGGAGGAGCUGGUCAUCCCCGAGAGCGACAAUCCGGUGACCUAGGUGGCCGCCAUCCCCCCGCUGCCCCUUCCCCAUUCGCCAACAACAAUCUCUACUUUUUUCAUCUCUCUUUUUUUUUUUUUGGUAUGCUUAUCGUAUAUUUAAUAUAUUAUGGGUACAAGGCGGACGUGCCAAGGCUGCCAGAUGCUGUCCUGUUGCGAGUCCUCGUCCUUGCCCGAUCCACGUCCUAGUUUAUCUAUUCAUGUAUUUAUUAUUGAGCAGCUCGUGGCAGACGGGCCACACAAAGGCUACCAAAGGACAAUGCUGGCCAUUAGGAUGGACCUUCACUAGUGAUUCAAAAAGAAGUCAUAAGAAAAAACACUUUUUGGCACGAUAUUAUGUUUUUGGAUAGAAUAUUUA